AUGUAUAUAUAUAUAUAUAUAUAUGUAUAUAUAUAUACACACACGCAUAUUUAGUUAUUGAUUAUUAUACUAAAAUUACAUUCAUAAAGAUAUAUAACUCGGCGAAAUGAAGAUAAGAGUGAUGGCAUUUUUUCUAAGAUAAAAGAAAUUUAUAAAAAACGUUUUUUAAAAUCUCAUACGCGUAAUUCAAAACUUAACAUGAAACAUGAUGAACAAAGGAACAAACAAAAUGAAAAUAAAUAUAAAUUGAAGACUCUUUUACAAGUACUAUAAAAAUAUAUUAAAAAUUGUUAUAUACAAAUAAUCACGAUAAUUUAGUUUUUAUAAAUAUACAUAUAUAAAAAUUUAUGAUUAGGAAAAGAAAAAAUUACUUGCUCCAAAUCAGAAUAAAAUAGUAACAUCAACUAAAAAUAUAGAUUUAAGAAAACAAUUAUCUUGGAAAAUGUCUUUCUCAUGUUUUUCAUCAGCUUGUACUAAGUACAAACAUGUACCUAAACCAAUAUCAAAUAAAUGGAAUAUUAAAGAUUUUGAAAAUUAUAAAUACAAUGAAUUAAGUUCUCAAAAUAUAAAAAAUCUUUGUAAAAACUCACAUCAGGUAUUAUUUAAUUAAUAUUUAAUUUUAUAUUGAAUGUAAUUUUUUAAUUAAAUAUUUUUUUGUUCUAGAAUGAUAAAGAUAUUUGUUUCUCAGACACAGAUUUUAAAUUUUUAACAAUAUCUUCAAAAUCUGAUAGACAAAGUGAUGAACAAUUAUUAAUAUGUAAAUUGAAUUCAAGAGAUAUUUACAAUUCUAAAAGACAGAUUAGUUCCAAGCAGAUAGAAUUAAAAUUUGAAAGUACAGAUUCAUUUAGUGAUAACACACAAAAAUACAAAAUUUCCAUAUCUAAAUCAAGCUAUUCACCUUAUUCUUUGUUAACAAAAAAUUUACCUAGUGAUUCAAAAUAUUUCUCAGAUUCUGCAAUUGAUAAAUCGGAUAUUUUAUCAAAUACUUUUCUUGGCAAAUUAAAGAGGUUUUUAAUAAUUUAUAAAUAUGCUAUUGAAUCUAAUUUAAAUUAAUAGAUUAAUUAUUUUAAAUAUUUAUAUAGAUCAAACAAUUCUUAUACAAAUUCUACAUUAUCAAAUACAUCUAAUAUAAUUGAAACAAAAAAUCAAAUUUUACAUAUAAACUCAAAAACUGAAAAUACUUCUAUGUGUACUAUAAAUAAAAGUGAUACAAUUGAAAGAGACAGAUCAAAAUUAAAAAUAAACUCGCAAAUAAACUUAGAUAAAUGUGUACAUUCAAAAAAAUUACAACAAAAAAUGAAAUCAUCAAUAGACAUAUUACAAAAUGAAAUAAAAGAAUCUAAAAGUUUUGUAAAAAUAUCAAAAUCAGAUAAAAAUUUCAGUACUUCAUUAGCAAAAAAUUUCGAUAAUUUUAUUAAUUAUAAUUUAAAUAAUUUUACUACAGAACAAACAUCUGUUUCUACACCUAAAAAAUUAGUUUCUAAUAAUGAAAAUAUUUUUACUAUACCAAAUCAUAAAUCAGAAAUAAGUGAAACCUAUGAUGAAUUAGCAAUAUUAUUUGCACAAUACAUGAAACUUCAAACUCGAUUGUGUCAAAGAAAAUAUUGUUUUUUAAAACGAUAUUUAAAACAACAAACACAACAUACUACAAGGAAAUGUCAAAUGAGAUUUAAUUAUCAUCGCAUAUAUCCUUAUGAUCAAAGACCAAUGUGCAACAGUGGAAAUAUAUGUAUAGAUACAUAUGAUGAAUUAAAAUUGAUGUCUACAUCACCAACAGAAAGAAAGAAUAUUUACCAACAUAUGUUUAAAAGAAGAAAGCAUUUUUUAAAUCAACCAUGCAUUUUAUCUCUCUCUAAUUAAAAUCUUACAAUACUUGAAUGAAAUUAAGAAA